AAGGGACUCUGUAUUAAAAAUACAGCUAGGUAGAAAUUUGCAUUCCGUAAACUAGCACGUCAGGAAAGAAAUGGUUUCACUUUCUCUAGGAGUUGGAAACACAUCACAGUGCACCUAACAAUGACUAUGAUGCCCUCAAACAAAGUCGUUUUAUAAAGGGGGACAAAAGUCACAAAAGUAAAUAUACCCUCGGAUAUCAGUGUUAUGGAGCACGACUGAUAUGGGGUGCAGGACGGUUAAACUGACUUUAUUUUCUUGUCUUUUUUGUGUUUUUGUAAAUGGAAUCUCAGGAUUUACCACCUAUAGAUCUUGUUUGGACGUACGGAGGGGCUCUAACCCUCCCAUCAUACAGGAUGGGGAGUACCCGAUCCUCAUUAACAAUAAACUGACCACGUCUAUCUACUGUCACGGCAUGGAUACACCAAAUCCAAAAGAAUAUUUAUUUCUAAGAGCGGGAAGUGACAAAAAUUUCGCCUCGGUGUACACAAAUAUAGGAUCAACAUCAGCAUGUGCCUAUGCCCACCCCCGACAGUUGUACAGUGGCCGGGGCCGUACGUCCUACAGGAGAGUGAGGCUAAAUGUACACACCCUGGAGGUUGACAUCACAGACAGCUCAUCUGCAGUCAAGGCAGGGCCCAGUAUUAUCAAUUAUGGGACAGCUGGGGAUAAGUUUGCUUAUUCUCCAAAGUGUACACCAAUGGGGACAUUUAAGAUCGACUUGACUGGUUCCCCAUUUGUCGUCUCUGGGGAUGUCCAGUGGACGUGGGUCGGGAAAUUUCUGUCUAGUACCACACAGAAUGGAUCUGCAUUGAUCACCAACACAUCUUACAUUGGUUGCUUUAUGGAUAUGGAUGAGCGACUUCUACCGAGUGCACACUUCAGUGGAGAUUAUGUCACUGUAGAAUAUUGCAUUCAGUUUUGUAACAGUAGAGGAUUUCCAUUUGCAGGAAUGCAGAACGCUAGCUACUGUUAUUGUGGAGAAAGCCAUGAUCGAUAUCCAAGAGCGAAUUCUGAGGCUGAAUGUAACUCACCUUGUGCAGGCAGAGUCACUGAGAAGUGUGGAGGGAAGGGAAGAAUAUCUGUGUAUGAUACAGGAGUUCCCCAGGCUAUUGAGGGAAGGUGUGGAGGAUAUCCGGGGAAUUGUUUCCCUGCCCUGAAGUCUGCCCCGAGUGUUCCUAAGCUACAACUAUCCCUGAUUCGCACACAGCCUUGCCUUCAGCCAUUGAGUCCCUGUAAGAAUGAGGGGGCAUGUGUUGCUGUUGGUGGGCGGGGCUACAGAUGUCAAUGUUAUCAAGGGUACACUGGAUACAAUUGUGAACUUCAAAAUGAGACCGUCGUGUUUGCUGCUGUUGGUUGUCCGGCUGGUUACCAGGCAGAGAAGUGUUUGUGUAGAGAUAACAAUUGUGCUGGGGCCCGUUUUAAUGGAGAUAUCUGUCAAACACAGCAAGGCUCACCGAAGGUGACCUGCAGACCGAGUAGUUCAGCUCAUGUAAUUUUGUUCAAUGUGGAUGGUAACCAGGGACAACAGUCUAUUUCCUGUCCAGUAGGAGCGGAUCUAGUGGGGUGUUCUUACUGGGAUAAAUCAGGACAGAAAAUUUCCAAUGGAGAGGCAGACAGGGCUAGAUAUUUGUCAGGACAGUGUGCCCUCCUUCACUCGUGUCAACAGUGUACCCUACAGGCCAGGUGUAAAAAGUAUGACUGUGGGUGUAAAAAUGGUGGACAUUGUCACAGAAUAACAGGAGAGUGCGUAUGUACUGAUGGUUACUCAGGGGAAAAGUGUGAGGUGUUUGAUUACUGCAGCUUCUACGAAAACGAGAGGAACACACCAGCAUGUGGCUCAGCAGGGUUCUGUUCUGCUGUUCCGGAGAACACGAUUCAUGUUUAUGGUGGUGACCAGAGGGGAGACCACUGUGUAUUUCCCUUCAGUGUGAACGGUCAGUCGUACGCGAAAUGUGUGGAAGACAAUACAUCAGAUCCGCCAUUUGCGUGUGGAGCUGUGUUUGAUGGUUCUCGUGAUGGCUAUAUUGACCUCGGACCCUGGUCCCCGGGACCGCGGUACACAAUAGCAGCCUGGGUUAGACCAGCAGUAGCUGACGGGACAAGACGGACUGUAAUUGGAGGUGUAGCCUCCUGUAAGGACUUUGGAAUUUACCACUUUGAGAAUUUCUGGAUGUACUACAAAGGAAAGAACUGGACAUGUACUAAGGGACUGGACACCUUUGUCCGCAUCAGGGUGGGGCAGUGGUACCUGGUGGCUGUCAGUAACAAUGGGACUCAUGUCACAGGGUACACCAACAACCACAGCACCACCGUGGAGGUUCGACCUUAUUCCCUACCAACCACAAUGGGUUUCUGGAUUGGGGGUGAGGACUGUUGUCCCCAGGGGCGAUUCCAGGGGAUGAUCAAGUCAGUGAAGAUUUGGAAGAGAGCAUUACAAUACCAAGAAAUCAACAGAAGUAUGAGAUUACAGGGGACGCAGCAUUCAACAGUGGAAGCAAUGACUGGAGGUUUGGUGGGUCACUAUGAACUUGGAGAGGACAUUAAGCCCUACUGUUUAGGAAUUGACCAUGGGGGAGGGGACUGGACCCCACAGGAUCAGGAAUCUAUCUCAGGAACUCACUGCAAUAUCUCACUGUUCUAUAUCCCAGCAAAAACUGAAGUAAUCGUCACCCCCUACAAAACAGCAACAAAACUAGGGGGAACCCUGAUCAUUGAGGCUAGAAACAUACGUAUAGAGGGAUUACUGAGUGGGAAAGGAUCGGGAUACCAUGGGGGUCGAGUGGACAGGGCAAGUUGUCAGGGAGGAAAACAGGGGCAGUCUAUCAAUGGUCAAGGAGUUGUGGGAAUCCAUAGCAACAUGGGAGGGGGAGGAGGAGGAGCUGCAGGAGGUCAGAGGUCAGAUGGCAGAGGUCAACCAGGAGGAGGAGGUGGAUUUGGAACUGCAGGAGGUGAACCAGCCAAACUUGGGGGAGACAUGUCAGGGUUAGGUGAGGGGGGUAAGGUGUAUGGGGACGGGACGAUGACCAAGCUGUACAUGGGGUCAGGUGGUGGAGCGGGAGGAUGUGCCAAAGAUGUCACCAUCAACCCCCCAGGUGGUCACGGUGGAGAUGGGGGAGGGGGCAUUCGUCUGGUGGCUGAAAUGAAUGUCCAGAUUACUGGUACUCUUGAUGUAGAGGGAUCCCCCGGGGAGGGAGACAUUGUUAACAGCUUAAGUUGUGUAGGCACUUGUCCAGCUUCUUGCAGCUCCCAAAAAGUCCAGGAUUGCCAUGGUAACAACACCAAAGCAUGCUGGGAUGACUCAGGACCAGGAGGGGGAGGGAGUGGUGGAAGUAUUCACAUUAUUGGCAAGGUCGUCAGUCUAGCUCCUAACUCUGUGUUAGCCAUGGGAGGGGCAGGUGGAUUUGGGACCAGACAAGCCUGUGGGGGUCAGGGAGGGAUGGGACGUAUCAGGGUGGAGGCAGAAAUCCUCAAAGGUGGGGUGCCACAUUCAGCAGGAGUUGUCACGACGAUACGGAGGAAGAGGCAGUUUGUUGACCAUAGUUUACCGGGAAGAUCUAAAAUUAACCUGCAGACCACUAAGUAUGGGGACGAAGUUUACCGCGGAUGUUUUGAGGAUACAUCAUCCAGUCAUUUGUUUUCUGUCCUGGCAUCCACACCUGGUACACAACAGAUGAGUCCUGAUUGGUGUAUUCAUUUGUGCAGACAGCAGGGAUAUCGAUACUCCGGUACCAAGCCCCCUAAUAUCUGUUACUGUGACAACCAUCUCAACAUGAACAAGAAGAAAGACGACUCACAGUGUAACAGUCCCUGUGCUGGGAACAGUAUGAUGACUUGUGGGGGUACUGACAGGAUCCAAGUAUUUGGUCCCCCUCCAGGAACCCCCGCCAUUGUCCACCCUGGAGUACAACAGAAAUGUGAACCCUGGUGCCAAACAAGUACUGGUUCAUCGCCAUCUUGGGGACAGUGUAAUCCACAUGAUACAACUGCAACAACCUACAAAAUCCUGUGUCAGUGUCCCCCAGGUCGCCAGGGAGUUCAGUGUUCUCAGUCAUGUGACCCUGGUAGCUAUGGUAACAGCUGUCAGCAAAACUGUACAUGUAACAUGACUAACACUGCGACCUGUAACCCCAUAACUGGGUCGUGUCAGUGUAAACCUGGUUACCAAGGCAACCAGUGCCAGGAUGUUUGUCCCAAGGGAAGAUUUGGCACAAACUGUCAAGGAGUUUGUAACUGUACCAGGCACUCAGACUGUGACCCUGUAUCAGGAGUUUGUUUAUGUAAGCCAGGAUUUACAGGAGCCAUGUGUAAUUUUCCAUGUCCUCAGGGUUUUUUUGGUCGUAACUGUUCCGAGCAUUGUCGGUGUACGGAGCACGGAAACUGUGACCCGGUACAGGGGGUGUGUCACUGUCAACCAGGCUGGACAGCAGAAUUGUGUGGUGAGCAGUGCAGCCCCUACACAUUUGGUGUGGACUGUACUCUGUCAUGUGACUGUAAUGGUUCCCCAUGUAACUCAGUGACGGGACAGUGUGAAUGUAAACCCGGAAGAACAGGUUCUAAAUGUCAAAAGGACUGUCCUUAUCAGAUGUAUGGAGAUGGGUGUCGUCAGUCCUGUCCCUGCCCCCAGGGCUGUGACCCGGUCUCUGGUAACUGUGUCUGCCCUCCUGGAAACUUUGGGGCACAUUGCGAGUUUUUCUGUUCAUCAGGAUCCUAUGGUAAGAACUGCCAGUCUCGCUGUCAGUGUUAUAUGAACCAGACUUCCACUUGUGAUGUUGCCUAUGGUUUCUGUACGUGUAAAGAUGGAUUCGUCGGACCUAGGUGUGAACACUCCUGUCCUGUGGGGUUUUAUGGCCCUGGUUGUACUAAGACCUGCCCCCAGUGUCAACACAGUGCUCCAUGUGAUGCAACAUCUGGAUUGUGUAUUUGUCCCCCUGGCUGGUCUGGGCAAAAUUGUGAGAUUCCAUGUGGCUCUGAUUACUAUGGCAACAAUUGUACACAACAUUGUCCAACAUGUAAUCCAGGGAUCUGUAGCCCAGCAACGGGACUGUGUAUUUGUCAGGAUAAAAAUGGUCCUUGUAAGUGCCCAACUGGAUACUAUGGUGAUUCCUGUCAGAAUCGAUGUCAGUGUAUCCAUGGUAACUGUGGAUCUACAGGGAACUGUGUGUGUGACAAAGGAUGGAAAGGCACCAGGUGUGACAGUCCUUGUGUAAACAUAGAUACUCCAGCUUUGGUAGGAGUUACCCUCUCAACUUUAUCCUGUAAACCGGCUUGCAGUUACUGUUACCAUGGCCGCUGUCACUUUAAUAAUGACAUCUGUCUAUGUGAUGCUGGAUUCUUUGGACUUGACUGUAACCAGAAAUGUCAGAAGCUGACCUAUGGCCCUGGUUGUAUCUAUCGCUGCGACCAGUGUGUCCAUAGUGACACGUGUGACCCAAUCUCUGGUCAGUGUCAAUGUUUACCUGGAUACCAGGGGGUUUUCUGUCAACAACCAUGUUCUAAGGGUAGCUAUGGCAACGGAUGUAAACAGAACUGCAGUUGCCAGAAUGGUGGAGAAUGUGACAAUGUCAAUGGAACUUGUCUGUGUCCCACGGGAUUCAUGGGAUCUGAUUGUUCUCAGAGGUGCCCAAAGGGAAAAUAUGGGCCAGACUGUUCGCUGAACUGUACGUGUGGCCCCUUGUCUGAGGGAUGUGAUGUCACCACAGGAAAAUGUAACUGUCAGCCUGGAUUUACUGGAGAUAAGUGUGAAAAGUCCUGUCCCACCCUGGCGUACGGCGCCGGCUGUGAGAGAUCCUGUCGUGAUGUGUGUGAUGUCACAGGAAUGCUUACCUGUAGUCCUGUAGAUGGAGCUUGUCAGUGUCGCCCCGGAUACACAGGACAAAAGUGUGACCAGUAUUGUCCUAGUGGGAUGUGGGGUGUUUCCUGUGCUCAAAGGUGUUUAUGUGGUUCCCAUGGUAACUGUGACAGAGAGACAGGUGUGUGUGACUGUGACCCGGGAUACAACGGGACAUACUGUAAUCAGGUGUGUGAUGCUGGUUCCUGGGGAAAACAUUGUAGCAAUGCCUGUAAUUGUGGAGGGGCCAACUGUAACCCUGUCAUUGGAGAGUGCUUGUGUCCCCCGGGGAAAAUAGGGCACCACUGUGAACAAGAGUGUGGUGCCUCGUACUUUGGUUUCCAAUGUGCCCAGCUGUGUGGGUGUCAGAAUAACGGUGUGUGUGACAAAGUGACGGGAGAGUGUACCUGUCAGCCGGGCUGGAGUGGAACGUUCUGUGAUCAAAGGUGUCCUGAUGGUAUGUACGGAGCUGACUGCAGUAACCAAUGUCCUAACUGUCGAAACGGGGGGUCAUGUGACAGUAUCACAGGAUUGUGUCUGUGUGCCGUGGGAUAUAAAGGGGUUCUCUGUAACCAAACUUGUGAUCCAGGGACCUGGGGAGCAAACUGCCAGAGUUACUGCCCUUCACCUUGUAAACUAAACUGUGUCCCUACAACAGGGGAAUGUCCCUGUCACCAGGGGGCGUGUCUCAAUGGAGGAAUCUGUAAACAGGGUAAAUGUGUGUGUCAGUAUGGUUUCUUUGGAGAUGACUGUUCACAGUCACUAGGGAGAACUCUGGCAUCACAGAAAUCCAACAGUUCACCUUCUAGUUUGACCUUGACCUCGGGUCAAGUGGUUGGUAUUGUCAUGGGUUUACUGGUCCUCAUUUUGCUGGUAGUCCUGCUGACUAUUUUUAUAAUGAGACGAAGAUAUCGCAACCAACAGAACAACAUCACAUCAAUGAACUUAAACAAUUCUCUCCAGGAGGACAAUGACGUACGAGGUUUUACUAAUCCUCACUACGAUGUCCAGCAUUCUGACAACAUGGCCGACUCCUCGGGAGGGAAAACAGAUACACAUUCAGAAGACAGUGCUACUGCUUAAUGUAACAACAAGGACAGGGAUUCUCUGAUCAGAUUGUGAUACAGUGUACAUCUGUGAUAUUAUUAUACAACAGCGAUACCUGCGACUUCAAAGAUUGAUGUGGAUAUAUUAACGUUUGUCGAACAAUUCACUGAAAGAAUUCAAAGUGGAUAUAAAACUUCUAUGCAAUAGUUUAUUCGUGUAAAUGUUUGCCCAAUCAUUGUGAUAAUUUCUGAAAGAAAAACUCCAGACUGCUCAGUACAUGUGAGUAACUUCUUUUAAGCCCUUUAUAUCGUGAAAUACGACUAUUUGUAUACUACUGCAUUAUGUGUAUUACUUUGUUAUACCUUGGUAUUGUACAAUAAAGACUCCAAUAAUAGAGAUC